AUGUGCUACCUGGACAACAUCCUCUUAUUGUCAAGGUCACACAACCAGGCUCUUCAGGAGCUCCAGGAUACCUUACAGGUGCUUCAGGGGGUGGGAUUCUCCAUCAAUCAGGAGAAGAGUCACCUUGUCCCCACCUCACGAUUAGUGCACCUAGGAGCCCUCAUCGAUUCUUCUCAGGGGAGGGUCUUCCUUCUCUCAGGAACACCAGAUCAGCCUCAGGGACUUGGCCAAGGAGAUGCAGAGGAGGCAGCUGGUCCCUUUUCUCCAGCUGUCUCAACUGCUGGGGAAGAUGGUCUCUGCUUCUCCAUCGUUCCUUGGGCACAGCUUCACAGCCGUAGCCUUCAGUGGUUUCUUCUGCCAUUCCAGAAAACCAACAGCAGCUGUUCCCUAGUGAAAGUCAGGUUGACUCCAGAGUUCACAGGCCUCUUUUUAGGUGUUCUUCAUCAUUCCAGUAUAAGAAGUAUGCUCAAAUUUGCUAUACAGUAUGCUCAAAUUUGCUAUACAGUAUGCUCAAAUUUGCUAUACACAGAAUACUCGCAAGAACCUAUCCCAACAUUGUGGAAUGAUUCACCAGAGCUGCCAUCAGGUGGAGGAGCUGUAGAAACCACCCCUCCUGCCCACUUCUCAGAUUCUACAGGAUUCCCAUCCUAUACAUCUGAUUAUGAACUAGAGGACACAACCCAUCACCACCAGCUGGAUAAUAACAAUGAGUCUCUGGGUCCUGGAGCUAUCGGUGCCAUAGUGAUUGCUGCUCUGCUGGGAGCGUCUGUGAUUGUGGCCUUGAUUGUUAUCACUCUACGGAAAUGUUCUACUUCCUAAAAUUAAUAAAAAGUGCUUUCGUC